CAACCACCGCUGCUUUUGACUCCGAGACGCAAGGAGGGUACUCCGUGAGGCUCUGGCCUCCGAGGCUGCUGCUGUCCUCCGGAGACUGGGGCUGCAGUGCUCGGUGUCCCGGUGCCUGGCCCUGAUCUCUCUCUCUCUCUCUCUCUCUCUCUCUCUCUCUCUCUCUCUCUCUCUCUCUCUCUCAUCAGGAAAAGGCACUGUGCAGAGCGAGCCACCCGGAGCUAGCGCCCCCGAGCCAUGGAGAGGGGCCCGUGAGGGACGCGCGGAGGCGGAGGAAGAGGCUUGGGAGGAGGGAGGCCGAGGAGCAGGGCGCGGGAGGAGGAGGAUGCCGCCGCCACCUCCACCGCCACCACCACCCGCGGGCCCCCGGAGAGCCUGACUCUAGACUAAGGAUGGAGCCAGCGCUGGGCGCUGCAGCGGCUCCCGGCGCGCCCGCCACCAGCAUCGUCUGCCUCGUUCAGAAAGACAGCCCCAGGAUGAUAGCGUCAGGAACGAGGGAGCCCAGGUUCUGUGGAGUAGAGCAGUAGCCUGCACCCUCCCUUCAGGAGCUUCAAAACGAUUCCAAAUUGUGUGUGCAAAAUUGGGCACAGGAAGCAUUUUCUGGGAAGACGGACUGUGUUUCCAAGGAGCCUGUGGAACAGGGAAGGUAACUGCUGUGUGUGCUGCAUAUGGUUGGAAGAAGACCCCUGUCCCCAGCUGUCCCUUUGGAGCUACCUUCUCCACCUGAAGGCCUGAGGUGACUCACUUCCAUCACAGGACCAGUUGAAUUCCAGAAGACCCGGUGCCUUGGAGCAACAGCCCCAUGACGGUGCCCAGCCAUGCAAUGUUCUUGGAAGGCUGUCCUCCUCCUCGCCCUGGCCUCCAUUGCCAUCCAGUACACAGCCAUCCGCACUUUCACCGCCAAGUCUUUCCACACUUGCCCUGGGCUGACAGAUACUGGCUUGGCAGAGCGGCUGUGUGAGGAGGGCCCUACCUUCUCCUACAACCUCUCCAGGAAGACCCACGUCCUGAUCCUGGCCACCACACGCAGUGGCUCUUCCUUUGUGGGCCAGCUCUUCAACCAGCACAUGGAUGUCUUCUACCUGUUCGAGCCGCUCUAUCACGUCCAAAACACGCUCAUCCCCCGGUUCACCCAGGGCAAGAGCCCCGCAGAUCGCAGGGUCAUGCUAGGUGCCAGCCGGGACCUGCUGAGGAGCCUUUAUGAUUGUGAUCUCUACUUUCUGGAGAACUACAUCAAGCCACCUCCAGUCAACCACACCACCAACAGGGUCUUCCGCAGAGGGGCCAGCAGGGUCCUUUGCUCCCGUCCAGUGUGUGACCCUCCAGGGUCCUCUGACCUGAUCCUGGAGGAGGGGGACUGUGUGCGCAUGUGUGGCUUGCUGAACCUGACCUUGGCAGCCGAGGCUUGUCGUGAGCGCAGUCAUGUGGCCAUCAAGACUGUGCGGGUGCCCGAGGUGAAUGACUUGCGGGCUCUAGUGGAAGACCCCAGGCUGAACCUCAAGGUCAUCCAGCUGGUGCGAGACCCUCGUGGCAUCUUGGCUUCUCGCAGUGAGACCUUCCGGGACACCUACCGGCUCUGGCGGCUUUGGUACGGCACAGGGAGGAAGCCCUACAACCUGGAUGUGACACAGCUGACCACUGUGUGUGAGGAUUUCUCUAGCUCUGUGUCUACUGGCCUCAUGCGGCCCUCCUGGCUCAAGGGCAAGUACAUGCUGGUACGUUAUGAGGACCUGGCCAGAAAUCCAAUGAAGAAGACAGAAGAGAUCUACGAAUUCCUGGGUAUCCCCCUGGACAGUCACGUGGCACACUGGAUCCAGAACAAUACGAGGGGCGACCCCACUUUGGGCAAGCACAAAUACAGCACAGUGCGCAACUCUGCAGCCACAGCUGAGAAGUGGCGCUUCCGCCUCUCCUAUGACAUCGUGGCCUUUGCCCAGAAUGCCUGCCAGCAGGUGUUGGCUCAGCUGGGCUACAAGAUGGCCAACUCAGAGGAGGAACUGAAGAAUCCGGCCAUCAGCCUAGUGGAGGAGCGUGACUUCCGCCCUUUUUUGUGACCUGGGUGUGGUGGGGGUGGGAGGCAGGUGGCUCUGGUUUUGCUGACGCGGACCUACUAUGGGCCGUCUUUAACUGUUGCCUUAUCUCCCUCCUCCCUCUCCCACCCUGUCUGUGUAUCCAUUCCAGCCCCUGCCCACUCUCCCCUUUCCUUCGCCUCUCCCACACCAUCUGUGUGUCCUUCUUGACCUUGCCCACUUCCUUUUCUCCUGCCUCUUUUUGCCCCUGAAAUUUGCACUAUGUCUCUGGAGGGGAACACUGGGCAGAGGGCGUAUGAUGUGGGGUUACUCCCCCCACCCCAUUUAGACACAAGGAUGUUGGGUCUCUGUGAGGAUGGGGACGAUGUUUACAGGCACCCAAUCGCACAUUCAUUCACACGUGCACACAGGCACACGAUGAGAGGCACCCCAGCACACAACUGGUAGUUUUGCAAUUGUCUUCUCAAGGUAAGAGGAUGGACACAAAGGGGCCGUACCUCCCCAGUUUAAGGAAAGGGUCCAUCCCCGCCCCCUUCCUGCUCCCUCCCCUGGAGUAGGGCACCCGUCCCUCCUGCACACCCUUGCCUGGUGGUGAGCAGGGUUUUACUGUGAGGUGAAUUGGGACUACUUUCUAUUUGGUUUGUGGUGAGCUUGUCUGUCUGAGUCUUGUGGCUACCCCUAGACCAGUAAUGGCUAAUGAAUCUUAGAAGUUUCUGAUUGAUCUUGGGGUCCCUCUGUGCUAUUUCUUUGUGCCAAAAAAAAAAAAAAAAGACAAAAAAAAUGUGGAUCAGUUUGCAGAGUGAAAAUUGAAAUGCUUUAUUUGUGUUUUCUGUAAAUAAAAAUGUGCAGUACUGCC